CACUUCCCGUCGGGGAGAGAGUGUAAUAUGGCGAAGACCUACGAUUACCUGUUCAAGCUGCUGCUGAUCGGGGACUCGGGGGUGGGGAAGACCUGUGUCCUGUUCCGCUUCUCCGAGGACGCCUUCAACUCCACCUUCAUCUCCACCAUAGGAAUUGACUUUAAAAUCAGAACCAUAGAGCUUGAUGGCAAGAGAAUCAAACUGCAGAUAUGGGACACAGCUGGCCAGGAGCGGUUCCGGACGAUCACCACAGCCUACUACCGGGGCGCGAUGGGCAUCAUGCUGGUCUACGACAUCACCAACGAGAAGUCUUUUGACAACAUUCGGAACUGGAUCCGGAACAUUGAGGAGCACGCCUCCGCCGAUGUCGAAAAGAUGAUCCUUGGGAACAAGUGUGAUGUGAACGACAAGAGACAGGUGUCCAAGGAACGAGGAGAGAAGCUGGCCCUGGACUACGGGAUCAAGUUCAUGGAGACCAGCGCCAAGGCCAACAUCAACGUGGAAAAUGCCUUCUUCACGCUCGCCAGAGACAUCAAAGCAAAAAUGGACAAAAAAUUGGAAGGCAACAGCCCCCAGGGGAGCAACCAGGGAGUCAAAAUCACACCAGACCAACAGAAGAGAAGCAGCUUCUUCCGAUGUGACCUUCUGUGAGGGACGCCGCCUUACCUGAGCCACGCUCAGCUCAGCUGACUGUGCCUGUUCCGAGUGAGCCCCUUGCUCGGCUGGGGCCUCCCCCCUUCCUAUGCCCGCCCACGCCGAGGCCAUGGGCCCACGGCCCCCAGAACGAAAUUGAGAAAUUGUUUAUUUUAGUAACUGCCUGGUCUCUCUCAGCUCUGGAGACGGAGUAAGUUAAGAAUUUGCUAUUUUUCCUGUGAUGUUCACGGAGCGGGCCUGUGCGCCAAGUCAGUAGGAAGGACGGUGCGGCAGCAUGACCAGUGUCGGCAACAGCCCCGUGGAGGGCCCCCACUUUCAGCCCUCCAUCCUUGGUCCUGCUGCAACACAGCUGGAGGCCCCCUGGCCAGCAAGGCCCCCGGUGUGGACUCCAGAUGCCUUACACCUCCACCCUGAGAGCUCCAGGCCCGGGAUACAGCCACCCAGCAACUCCGGCUCCCGCUCACCUCUGCUCUCGGUUCUGGAUAAGUGACAAAACCCUCCCCACUGCCUCUCCUGUCUUUUUUUUUACUGUCAAACCAAAGGGAAGCACAAGUUAAGGAAAGCCCGUGCCAGCCGUCUAGAAAGGGAGAAGCAUAGGUGGGUCUCCUGUCUGUGGCCUCCACAAGACCUACGGGCACCGCCGCAGUCCCUGCUGAAGAGGUGCUCUCAGUGGUUUCCACAAGCCAUGGUGACCCUGAAAACACAGCAACGCCCGCCCACAUGGUCGCCCGUGCCAGGAUGCUGCCUGUCGACACCAAAAUGGCCCCAUUCCCUCUUCAUCCUCCACUGUCUCCAUAUUGGAGAACCUUCCUCACUGAAAUCUUCACUCCUUCAGAUUCACCAUGCCAUGAAGUGAUCCAGUCUUUGAUCCCAGUGGCAGCAUCAGGGGGACCAGGUACGCCCACUCCUCAGGCCAGGCGGAGCACAGAACGGUUGCGCUGUCAGGGUGGAGACACACACAUUCCACACGGCCAGGCCACUGCGUAGCUGCCUGGCAGCUCUGAGUGACACUCACUGGGUUCUGUGUCAGCAGCUCCCUAGAGACUGCGUGACCCGGACCACGUGGCCAGUUGGGUGUCACCAAGGUACCUUUCCUUGGUUCCGUCUCUUUGUCUUCCCCCUUCUCCCAAGCUGCUGUCAGUCCAAGUCAUUGGCAUCAUAGUUCCUUCGUUUAUGAAUUAAAAACAACAAACCAGCAA